AUGGCAAUAAUUUUGUUUAUUAUUUUUUUACGCUAUCGAGUUAUCAUAAAAAUUGCAAAUCAACUGGUAGAUCUUAAUGCAGCUCUAUUGCAUUUUCGAACGAUUUAUAAAGUAGAAAAAGGAAAAAUCCGAUUAUUACUGAUAUUUUGUGGGAACACAUUUUUUUGUGUAUGUCUGAUUGUUUGUGAAUUUUUUUCUCAUCAUACUAUUUUUCCACCAAUUUUUUUAUUUGUCAAUGUUCAUCGAAUUAUUUUCAGUUAUUUUUUGAUUCAAUAUGCACUGAUUUUAACUUUUAUUGAAAAAAGAUUCAGGGGCAUAAAUAAUGCAUUUUUAAAAUUAAAAAAAACAGAAAAUGAAGUAGAAUGUCGAACAUAUGAUACUCCAAAAAUUCCACUUGAUAGAAUGUGUAUUGUAGAAAUAAUUGGUUUAAAACGUUCAUACUCAUUUCUGUAUAAGUUAUGUACAAAGAUAGCUGAUUAUUAUUCAUUGGGAAUAAUCAUAAUUUUGCCAUAUUUUACUGCUGCAAUAAUUACCACUAUUUAUGAUCUUAUAUUAUCUUUUCUUCAAGUAGAAGCAUAUAAAAAAUCAAUGUUACGACGUGUUGUUGGUAUACUUUGGUUUUUUAUUGAAACAUUUCCAAUUUUGGCUUUAUCUACAUGUGCUACCUCUAUCACAAUGGAAAUGAGGAAGACUUCAGAUAUCGUACAAAAAAUAUUGUACUAUUGUAGUAUGAGUAAUGAGAUUAGAAAAGAGCUUAAACAUUUUCUAUUGGAAUUGUUGCACAAAGAUUUUCAAUUUACUGCUUAUAAUGUUGUCUCUAUAGACAGCACAAUGUUAAGAACGAUGUUUAGUGCAGUAGUAACGUAUCUGAUCAUCCUUAUUCAAUUUCAAGUUGGAGAAAUUGAAAAAGCAGCUAGAGACUAGAAUCAAAAAAAUAACAGUCUCUAAACUAAAUCAAAUUAAAAAAAUGAAGUAUAAAUUGUAAC